UAAUAGUUCGUGUUAAGCACUCCUGCGUUGUAGAAAAGGGAAGUAUGGCGAUGGAGUGUGCCAGUAUAACUUGGCUGGUUUUGGUCGCAUUGAGCUUCACCUCGUGUCACUUUUCAAAUGUGAACGGUCUUGAGUUUUCCCGCAUCUUUAAGCGAUAUGCUGCUGCGCAGGCCCCUGCACCUGCCCCUGCUCCUGCCCCAGCUCCAGCGCCAGCCCCUGCCGCAGCAGGAGCAGCAGCGAAAAAAUGUGAGAAACCACUGGACAUCGUAUUCGUCCUUGAUAGUUCUGAGAAGAUUGGAAAAGAAAAUUGGGAAAAAAUAGUAAACGCUUCCACCACCAUCGCGUCCAAGUUCAGCCUACUGCACACUCGAUUUGGUGUGAUUCAAUACCAGUCAUACCCAGAAACAAUCAUCAAACUUCAACAAUUUAAAGACGACAAGAGUUUGUCAGCCACCUUUGCCAAAAUAUUUUACAAGAGUGGUGGUAAGAGGACGGAUCUUGCCCUUAACAGUACGCUGGAUGUGUUCAAGGCGGCAACGAUACGUAGCGGUAGUAAGGUUGUGAUUCUAAUCACUGGGGGGCCCUCUAGUGAGGUGUUCCUCGCUCCUGGAAAAUCCAUUUCUGGAGAAGAUCUUUUAGGAAUGCCAACGGCUCAGUUACACAAAGCGGAAGUUGCUGUGUAUGCAGCUGGAGUUCAAGAAGGUCUUGCCGACGCAGAUAAGAAAACCCUGACCUAACAGCUUGGAAUUAUUGCCAGCCCACCAACUCCAGAUCACGUUUUCGAACUGGCUGACUUUGCUACAUUGCUGAAGGAGGCUCCGAAAAUAGCUAACAAGUCCUGUAUAGUAAAUGGAGGAUGGAGUGCGUGGUCAGUGUGGUCUGAGUGUAGGCAUCCCUGUAUGGUGAAGAUGCGAACAAGAGAAUGUAACAACCCGGUCCCCGAGACAGGGGGCCUCAAUUGCACCGGCCCAAAAGUCGAACAGUAUCCCUGCGGAUCAGCAGCUGAAUGUCAAAGUACUCCACAGCCGGGACUAAACCCAUUAACGACUCUUCCUCCUAAACAAAAACUUUUACAAACAUCCGCCCCAACGGAAAAACUACAACCUGCACCCCAACUUAAACCACAACCUGUACCCCAACCCAAACCACAACCUGUACCCCAACCCAAACCUCAAACCCAAACACAACCACAAACACAACCUGGCCAACCGCAAGCUCCUUUACCGCAAAGCGGAAUUGUUGUGCAUGGAUCGCCUGACCCAAAAAAUUGUGCGAACGGAUAUGAAGUUGUGACCCUUUCGGAUUAUCAGCUGGAUGCUUCGUCAUCUUACGCCGAAGGAGACACUGAAGCAGAUAAGACUCAGUCCAGGAUUGAUCACAUGCCCUCCAUGGGUAAAGUAAAUAACACGAAAGGACGAGGUGCCUGGUGUGUUGAUCAUGCCAAAGCCUUAGCUAAAGAUAGGAACCAAUAUCUUCAGCUGAAUCUUGGAACACCAACCACCAUUGGGAUGGUCGAGACCCAAGGCCAGUAUUAUUACCCAAAUUUCGUUACAAAGUUCAGCCUCAACUGCAGUGUGGAUGGCGUAAAUUGGUUCGGUUACGGCAAGAUUCUGGAUGGUAACUACGACUCAAACUCUCGAGUUGAUAAUCACCUCAACCCUGCCAUAAGUGUAAGCUAUGUUCGGUUUCUCCCCGUGGAGUCCUCAACAGAUGACGUGUGCAUGAGAGUAGCAGUCUUCAGAUGUCGAGCCGCAAAUCUUGUCCCACCUGCAAAAGACCUCCCUGAGGAUGCUUGGGCAGAUAAGUGGGCAAACGCCACACGCAAGUCGAAGAUAGAAAAAGCAGAGCGUAAAAAUAGACAUGACAAGCCAGAACGUCACAGGAAAGGGCUCCAUGAAAAGUAUUAGGUCGAGCAAGGCAGAUUUCGAUCAUCAAGAAUGUUUCAAGUUCAAAGUGGACACAAGGAAACCUAAAGUAUAUCGAAGUCUUAAUCGAUUUCAACCAGUUUGUUGUAUAAUAUUCAACGUUAGGCAACAAAAUAAUUGAAAUGGCUGUUGAUCUGAAUGCCAUGCACUUUAUACAAUCAUUUCCUGUACUCGGAACUUGUUUUUCUUUAGCAAUCGCGUGAAUUUCGGGUUUGGUGGCUCAGAGUCGUUCGAGGAACAAAAUAAUGAUCUCAUUAAAUGACUGAAGAUACUGAGGCGAAUGUGUUGUUGAAACAAAAAUGUUUGAGCGAAGACAGCUGCAUCAUAUAGCAAAGUUUUUUUUGUGGUGCAGGGCUCCAUUAUCUUAAUUUUCUGAAAGGAAGGUUUGAUCCAUCGACUGGAAUUUCCCCUUACGUUUCAUAGGUGAGGUUUUUUCUUUCGUUAGUUUAAUUCUGUAUUAGAUUAUAAAACUGUUAUUUCCUUCCACCUUAAACCAAAGGUUACUAAAGUAGAUUUUUUAUAGCUUAAGAAGUUGAGGUUGAUAAAAUUGAACCUGAAAUAAAAACGUGUUUGUUUUAAGUCUCAA